AUGUACAGUAAACUGAUUGAGACCCUAGUAAGUGAUCCAAAGGAGCAGGAUUUCCUAUUCAAUGCCAUAGAAAAUAUUCCAACCAUAAGGAAGAAGGCGAAGUGGGCUCAGAAGUGGAUAUCCUCCGAUUCUUCUUUUGAUACUAGAUGUGUAGCAUUUGCUUGUGUUGAGGGGAUAUUCUUUUCAGGGUCAUUCGCAGCCAUUUUCUGGAUCAAGAAGAGAGGGUUGAUGCCUGGUUUGACAUUUUCUAACGAAUUGAUUUCUAGGGACGAGGGAUUGCACUGUGAUUUUGCUUGCCUGAUCCACAAAUACAUCAAUAACAAGUGUAAGGUUAUUAAGGACAUAGUAAUGGAGGCAGUAGAGUUAGAGAAGGAAUUUCUUACAGAGAGUCUGCCGGUGAAUUUGAUUGGAAUGAAUUGUCAAUUGAUGGGAGAAUAUAUUGAGUUUGUUGCUGAUCGAUUACUCUACGAACUGGGAGAGAGCAAGAUAUAUUGCACAGAGAAUCCAUUCCCAUUCAUGGAUAACCUAUCGCUUAAGGGAAAGACAAACUUUUUUGACAAGAAAGAAGCCAAUUAUCAGAAGGGAUAUGAUAUGGUUGCUUACUUUAACGAGUUGGAAAUUUCCAUUACCUCAAGCGACAUCCUAAAGCCGUCUGCACCAACUGUAUAUCGUUUUUAUAACGAUAUCCUACUCCUCUAUACAGUACGCGAUCUACUUCCUGAUUCUCGUAGAUUUGUCACGAUAUUAAGCUAUCUGGUUAACUUUAGCAUGUUCAGGGAUUCUAAGGCACAUAUCUAUAAUUCGGCCUCAGAACUUGCAGAUCGAAAUAACCUGGUCAAAAACAAACACAAGCAAAUUAGAGACGAACUUCUAAAGGAAAUUGAAAAAAGUAGUAGGAUGAGUGCAGAAAACAGAGAGAAGUUCAGCAGUCUAAACAAAGAAAUUGCCGAAAUUUCUAGUGAGCUGAAAUCACUCUAUCAAGUUCAGAAAACAAAGGUAGAGGAGCUUACGGUUCUGAAGAGGGAGAGGAAUAACCUUAAUGAUAAGCUGUGUUCCUAUGAGAUGAUGGAGCAUAGUUUGAAAGAAGAUAUUACAAUGCUAAGGACAAGGGUUGUGGAUAAUCCGGAAGAGCUGGUUGAGCUGGUGGAGGAAAUGAAACAGAUGAUUCAUGAGGAUAGGAUCUCAACGGCCAAGAAAAAUGAAGAAAAGCUGAAAAUUAUGACUCAGCUUUCCAAUGUGAAAACAGGAAAUUCUAUGCUGGAUAGAAUUCAUUCCAAGGUGUUAGAGCUAUCCGAAACCAACAGUUUAUUGGAGAAUAUAGAACAGCAGAGGGACAUUUUGGAGAGCCAUCUAUCCUCUGUAGGAGUCGAGUAUCUCGGACAUUUACCAUUCCCAAAUUGGCAUACCGACCAGGAGAUCCAAUUGGUGUAUCCUCCACAAUUGAACGGAUAUCCUUUAGAACGGGAAGAAUAA